AUGAAAGAUACCCGCAAAAUAUAUUCAGCUGUUCCAAUGGGAUUUUCUCUUAGUAAAUCUGCUACUUGGGUAUCUGCUAUGUGUAUGGAUUCAAAAGUGGAUGAUCACUUAAUGCAAGGGACUGAGAAAAGCAAGUUGGAACCAGUGACUCGGUUAUUUCCAAACACCAAGAAAAUAAAAUUCAAAGACACAAACCAAGAAAACUUUAUAAGAAGUAAAGCGACUACCAUAGGAUCUCUUUCGGAGAAAGCUUUGGGUUCAGUGGUUUAUGUUAAAGAAAGUGAUUGAAUAGAAAUGACAAAUGUGGAAUAA